UCAUUCAUUGUUGAUUGGGCUUGUUGUAUCAAAACAGGCAUAGACUUCAGAAAUCACAGGAUCCACUAAGCUGUUCACACAAAGUUACCAGUUCUGCAUCCGGCAGUGCAGUUCACAUCAAAAAGGACAACAGAACUAAAUCAACACCUCUGAACAAUACUGAGUAAAAAUGUUAAUGUGAUACUUAUAAAAUAGUUAUAAUAAUUUAUAAUAUAUGAUUUAUAUACAUGUGUGUAUGUAAAAAAAUUGACAGUUUGAACCAAUCAUUUGGCAUUUAAACUUGCUGUCAGUUUGUUAUUGUUAUUGCUUUAUUGCUGCAUUUGUGGUAUUGUUUUAAGGGACUCUGGGGCCUAGAGGAACAUAUUAAUGUGUCGAGUCCUGGUCUAGAUUAGGGCCAAGGCUGGAUAUCAUUAUAUGAAUAAUACUGUCAUGUGGGGUUAGAGCACUAGUUGAUCUUGAUUAAAGACUAAAUGGCAAAGUACGGAUCUACGGCUUCUAGCCCAAACACCACUGUUCAGCAAAAAAUGCUAAAACUUUUCAUUUAACUUCUUCUCACAUGUAAGUGAUUGGAAAAAAUAUGAGUUUAUUUACACAAAUCACAGCUUUAUUUUAUUAAAACCACUAAAUCACUGCUAUGAUAGAAUGCUACAAGGACAUAAAGAAUCAAAUGUACACAUUUUAAAGUAAUAGCAGUCAUUACCUCACCAAUCUGCACUUCUACUGCUACUAGUAGUUUUUGUAGUAUUAGUAUUUGUCUGUCAUAUAUCCCCACACCAUCAGCCUCAAACUGAUGUUGAUGCACUCUGUAUAGUGUAUUUUCAGUACAUGCCAUGUGCAAUAUGUUAUGCAAUAUUUAUUUUUCAUCAUUGAAGGAUAAAUGUUUUUCAGCAGUUUCCUUAUUCACCAUUUUUUCACCAAUAUCAUGAAUUUGUAUGUUUUUUUCUUUUCAAUAUAUUUCAUUAUUGUAUCUGAUUUACAAAAAAAAAAGUUUUUAUAGUAAUAUUAAGCUACGUUUACCUUUGCAUUAAGUGGCUCUCUUCACCCAGAGAUUAAUAUUACAAAUUGUAUGUGUUUAUGUGGCACAAAACAACAGUUACAAAGUGCUUUUGCUGACAGAGACACAAAAAAGAAAAAUACAAGAAGAUGGAACAUAAAAAUAAAGGAUAUCAAAAGAAGACACGUGCAAACCAGAAAAUAUAAAAUAAUUUCAGGAAAACAUAAAAGACAUUAAAAUUUGCCCUCGUCAGGCUCCUCUGAUACAUCAAGGCUGCUAAAGUCAAACAUCGACAAACAUAAAAGCCAAAUGACUGUUAGUUAUUAGCCUCAGCUGUCAACAGCUAACAGCCUGGCUCAGAGGACCUCAGACUCCAGCCAGUGCUGGCUUUUUUGUCUCUAUCAUUCUGUAACUUCCUGUUUUCAGGAAGAACAUUCUCCUACACCCUCAUCUUACUCAUCUUCCCCCAACUGUCCCCACUUCCUACAUUCAUUCAUUCACGCCACCAUCAUUCGGCCUCUUUGCCGCAGACUGCAGUGGCAUCCAUCCACGGCCACUCAACAGCCUUGCCAGACCUCCCCACACGUUGUUGCUGAAGGUGACAACGACGAUAAACUAAGAACAGCCUCGUAACGACUAAAUGACAGGCAAAAAUUAAUGAGCUGCUGUGGUUUUGGGUUUGAGUUAUUUCCUGUUUUAUGUUCUAACCCCCCCCCCCCGUGAGUCAUGCUUUGUUUGUAACUGCCUGCCUUUCAAGCCCAUGCAUGAGUUUCACCUGUCCCUUGUUAGUCUUGCCUCUCAUGUAUUCAGUCAGUAUGUUUUCACUCUUUCAGUUAGGUCAGGUUGUUGUGCAUCUGUUCCCUUGUCCUGAGUUUGUUCCUUCUCUGUAUUUCUGCCUGUGUUCCUCGUGCCAUACCCGCUUGUUGUAUGUUUAGUUAUUUGGACUUAUGUUCUUGGAUUUUGCAUAACAUAAGGGGCAGAAACUAAGAUUUACUCAAAGAAAAUUUUACUUGGGUUUUACUCAAAGAUCAAACCAGACCUUUUUGUCAAAGGUCGACAUCAAGAAUGUGAUUAUUUCAUUAAACCAUAAGCAAUAAAAACACAGGCAACUCUUUAGAGAACUCUGUACAGACUCAUUUCCCAUUUGGAGGAAUGAAACAUACACAAAAGUGAUGCUCAAAUGCUGCUUGGAUUGCUAUCCACAUGUAAAAAGGGGUUACAAACAAGUGUAAUAAUUCGUUCAUGAUGACCAGGGCUAUUAUAAUGAUGAUGCUGGUUCAUGUACAGGCUUCAGUUAAAAAUAGUGAGCAGAUGUGCAGGUGAUGCUGUGCACAUGAUAUAUGCGACAUACAGAAACACACAGUGACAGUGAAAGAAAAAUAGAGGAAGAGGACACAAAAGGGUGUGGGUAUUUGGUAACCUAUUACAUUAAACAGCAGGAGACACAGCUGUGCAGAUGCUGAAGAUCAACCAGCAAAUGAAAAGAAGAGCUGACAAAACCAACUGAAGAACAGUAUCAAUACUUUCACGGAGGAUUUCAGCAUCCACAAUGAUCAAAAUGAGGAGCUUUCUUCUUUUCCUCCUCUCACUGAUGACAGGUUAUCAGGCCAAGUCUGAAGGGAAGGGAUGUCAACAAGGAUGGGUUGAAUUCACCUGCAAAUAUCCAGAACCAAAUGGAAAGGAUACAAACAUUGAUGCAGAUGAUCCAACACAAACAAACACACACAGCAGUGAAAAGGAUGACUGGGAAAUCAAAGGCAGCUUUUCCCUGUUCUAUGAAACCAAGGAUAAAAAAGUCAGGGUGGCCAUCAAACAACUUGAACAUGAGGACUUUGGGGUCGACCGGUGUACAUGUUCCCAACUUGAGUGCGUCACUGACACAGAGGAACCAGACCAGGGAGAUGGGAAACAUGGCUGCCAGACUCCAUUUGUCCAAACUGCGUACAGAACAGCUAAAACCACCAUCACAUGUGAUUAUCCAGGAAACACACACCAGUCCAGUGUCAAAGAUUUCUGCAAAGAUAGCGAUUUAAUCUGUGAGGAUAUUUUGUCAACAAAAUCUUCUCCGGGGUCAAAAGCGAAAUUCACUCUCACAGAAACCAGCAGUGGCUUCAAUGUGUCCAUCAGUGAUGUGUCCUCACAGGAUGCUGGUGUCUACUGGUGUGGAGUGGAAUCAAAUGAAGGACCUUACCGAGCGACACUCAGAAAAAUACAACUGCAGGUUAAAGAUAUUACUACCUUCUCAAGGUCUCCCACUGCUGGAAAGGAUUUUACAUACUGGUGUCAAUAUCCAAAUAAAGCUCUAACAAAGAAAUUCAUCUGUAAAGGAGAAGAUCCAUCUAUAUGUCAACGUCAAGCAAGCACUGAACCGCUCAAAGAGAACACAAAGUUUUCCAUGAGGGAUGACAAAGAGAAGAGAAAUAUCACCAUAACAGUGAGAGAAGUAACAACAGAUGACACUGGGACAUACUGGUGUGGAGCAGAAAGCAAUUACCCAGGACGCAGUAACCUCUUCUUCCACAAAUUCUCAAUGACUGUCUCAUCAACACCAGUACCCACAUCUUCUGUUUCUUCAACCCAGUCAACUGCUUCAGCAUCUGCUGAGAGUCACGGUGGCUCUCAGGUCAUCACAACAGUGAUUAUCUGUGUAGCUGCGUUGCUGCUGCUGUUCGUGCUAAUUUUGAUCCUUACCUACAAACUGCUGCAGCAGAAAAAGUCCUUCUUUCUUGCUCUGUUACAUUUCUUUCUGCCAGGAUUUUCACAUUCAAAAAGAAGAGAUGGAGCGACGGCACAGCAAGUCAGAGAGGAUCAUGUCUACGAGGAGAUGCAGGAGUGCGUCCAGAUGCCGGACUCAGGAAAUGCAGUAAACACGAUUUAUGCCACCGCCAACUUUCCCACAAAUCCCUCUGCCUCACUGUGUUACUCUACCAUCAACUUUCAAGACACCAACAACAAAGCUGGUGGUGAGGCACUAAACCUCAAACCCAGAUCUGCCUGCGAAUACUCUACAGUGAAGCACAGCCCAAGUCAGACCUGCUCUACUGUCAAUGAACCAUCCAGAUCUCUACAGGAUCCUCUCUACUCGACAGUCAACAAGACAGAGCAGCGAUGAGCCAAGAUCAGCCCUGUCAGGAAUUUAUGACGUUUGUUAAAUGUAUGGCCAAGAUUUCAGGUCAGUCAUUUUUGAUGUGGUUGUCACAAAAGUUUGGUGACAGGACUUUUGAAUUAAUCUGGAAUGACUAGAUGGGACCUUUAAUUUGCUUCUGAGGUUAAAUCAAUAUUAGAGCCUCACCAAUACAUCAGCAUCAGCUGAUUUCACUUUUCACAGAAACUGUAGCUGGUUUUGUUGUUUAUAUCGAAUGUUAAGUAACAAGAAAUGGCAGUACAGGAAUGCUAAAGAUAUGCUGGAUGUUUUAACAGUCGACACUGCAGUUUGCCCACCAGCGACUAGCUCUAGGGGUGGCAAUGUCAGUCUAUCGGUUGGUCAGUCCGUCACUUUGGUCCAGACUAAAAUAUUUCAGACUAUUCGAUGGAUUGUCAUUACAUUUUGAAUCGACAUUCAUGGUUUCCAGACUUUACAGGCAAUCCGAUUGACUUUGGUUAUUCCCUGAGUUUUCCACCUGAGGCUCGCAUUUGUGGUUUUGAAGUUAAAUAUCUCUACAAGUCUUGGAUGGAUUGCCAGGAAAUUAAAUUCAGACAUUUACGUUCACCUCAGUUUUAUGCCCAAAUAUCUGCAAAACAAAUUCCCAUCAGUCCAGUAAAGCAAAAGUAAAAGCUUUAAUGAAAUGAGAUGUGUUGUUCCUGAUACCAAGAUGAAAAGCUUUAAAAUGUUGUAAAUUGUUUGCUACACCGGCAUAAUCAUCUCCUCGCUUAAUCUCAAUAAAUUCACUGUAGGGAGGGUUUGAUUUUUUGUUUUUAAUUUUACUUGAAUGCCACCUGGUGGUAGUUUUAAGACUGACCCUGUGGGAGACACCAAUGCAUGCCAUCGCAUUUUCACCACUUUUGUCUUCAGAAUUGCCAUCAGAAUAAACUGAAAGAUGCAACAACCAUA